AUGGCAGGCAUGAAAACAUUAUUCAUUAUUUUCGUUAUCAUGUUCCCAGUCGCGAUGAUAACAGAGGAAGAUGUAAAUCAUGGAGGUAAUAACUACCACAAAAAUUUAUUUGCGCACCUGCGGAUUGUCACCAUUUUAUUUCAACAUCCGGUCUCUGCUUCAUGUACAGAAAGCCGCUUAACAUUUUCAUUUUUACACUUUACCUAAAGUAUCAUUCCGCGCAUUUAUUCACCAUAAUUUUUACACCGUCCAUACAAUUGGUAUGAGAAUUGUUUUCAAUUUUUCCUGUGGGUAAGCGGUCAUCAUAAGAGAAAUUGAAGACAAUUAACCAUAAGGCGAAAACCUCUCUAAGAAGGAUAACUGACACUUUCAAAACCGUCAACGGUCCCUUGAGAAGUGCUUUAGGUAGUGAAAAAUACCUCUAAACGGAAACGUAGGUGCACUACAUGACAAGUAAUUGCAAUUAGGGUAAGCAAAUUACAUACCCAUUCCAAAGGCAGUACGCGUCUUCUUACAGCUCGUAUCUUCUAAACACCUCAUGGAGAACCUCUUAACCUGUAAAACAUCUAUCUUCUCCGUCUUUUAGCUGAACUCUUUGAGCCUAAUGGGAACUUCAAAUGGUGAUAUCAAAAACAAACCUUUAUAACGAAUUAAUUUUCACAAGCUUAAGUACUUACAGUGAUGUACUGUAGAACCCCGGCAACUCGAACUCUGAGGGGAAACGAAAAACGGUUAGAGUUAGCGAGGUAUCGGGGUCGAUUGAAAAAUUCAGUUUACCAUGUCGCAGUUAUUUUUUGGUCAAGGGAAAGGAAUUUUAGUUCGUGUUGGCGAGGAAUUCUAAUUUUCCGAUUUGGAGUUGACUGAGUUAAAAUGACUAGAAAGUGGGGUGAAAUCCAAGGGAAAUUGUACUUAGUUUAAGUUAGUGAUCGAGGAGUUCGAGUUAUCCGAGUUCGAAUUAUCGGGGUUCUACUGUAUCACUAUCUUUUUGUGCUUGAGUAUAAACUGUUGUUAAAAGCAGAAAAUACUGAAUUUUCAUUACUUUGUAGCCUUGUUCCGAUUCCUCCUUUCUAGUACAUUGAUUCUGUUUUUUUAUUGUUUUGCACAAGUAAAAUAUAUGUGGACUGUAUUUAUUGCGAAUAUUCUUGUAAUUACUGGCGCCAUCUUACUUUGACUCUCUAUUACCGGGACAGCUCUCUUUAAUAGACGGGGAGUUAUUAUUAUUAUUAUUAUUAUUAUUAUUAUUAUUAUUAUUAAUUUAUUUUAAUUUUUAUAUUUAUUAUUGUUUUGCACGAUUGAUAAAAUAUCGUUAGCUUACAAAUUAAAAUUUACUGUUCAUAUGUGUUGCUGGCUUGCAGUUUGUCCUGUUCCAAAGACAAAAGAGGAAGAGGAGUUUAUUAAAGAGCGGGAAAGGAACAGAGAGUUAAUGGAAGAAAUCGCCAGAGAAAUUGAAAUGACCUGCUUAGGUAAGUUAAAAAAUGAAAAAAAGAAACAAUAAUAAUAAUAAUAAUAAUGACUUACCCUUUUAGUUUAAGCCAUUUAAUUUAGUCGGUAAGCAGCGAAUCCAGGAAGUUAUUCAACCGCGGCAGUGUUAGCUCAGUCGGUAGAACGCGUUGACUGCAGAGCGGGAGGUCGCGGGUUCGAUUCCUGGGGCCGGACCAAUACUCAGGGUCUUAAAAUAACCGAGAAAUGAAGGUACUUCCUUUGCACUGCAACAGGCUAGACCUUCGCGUGGCUCGGAUGACCACGUAAAAUGGCGGUCCCGUCUCCAGUUGGAGACGUAAAAUAUAGUGUCCUCAAUUAGUACUUUCGUGCUGAAUACAUUGACACUCAAAUAAAAAAAGUUCAAAUACAUACACUGUCUACAGGUAGUCAUUUCGAUUCCUGAAGGAGGAUCAUAAGUUGGCAAGAUCGAUAUCUCUCUUUACAGAUAACCCACCCAACCCAGGAGAGGUUGGGCACACCACGGGGUCAACGUCCCUUACUCUUACUCGUACCAGGUAAGUGAAAGUGCUGUGUGAGAGGGGACCCACGGGUUUUCGUCCUUAUAUCCUAGAAGUCUCAAGAAAGUCUAACCGUUUGCAGAUGUCAUUACGAAGGCAGCGCUUGCUUCUCAGUAAUUUUAAGAGGCUGAGUGUUUUUGCGGUCGGGAUUUUAACCCGCGACCUCCAGCUCAGCAAACCAGCGCUCUCCCAGCUGAGCUAACCAGACGGCGGAGGUUAAUAAGAACUUGGCACACUGCUACCUUAUUAUGGAAAUCCUGACUGAUCCUGUCAGAGUUAUAACCAAACAUUGUGGGCAAAAAUCCACCGUCUAAUUUUGGUAUUUGUUUACUACUCUUUUCAAUUUGAUUUACCCCUAUUCCGGAAAGCUAACUACAAGGCACAAUUCCAUGGAUUAUAAGGCUAUAAGUUGGACUAGAUAAUAAAGGAAUGAAAGAGAGCAAGCAAGAAACCUCCAGAAAACAUUUAUGCCAGUUUUAGUCUUUUCUCAAAACGCACAAAAUUUUCGGACUUGGAACCAGUAAUGGUAAACAUUUUUGACAAAUGAUUUCUAGUCCAUGAGCCGUUUUGUGAGAAGAGGGCAAAAAUUCAAUGAAGUAGUAAUCCCUGAUUAGACAUAGUUUCCUUGUGACAAAUGUAUAUCAAAUAAAUCAUAUUGGAGAACUGCAGAAAUGAAAUCAAAUGAAGAAUGAUCCUCGCAGUUGUGAACGCAAUUUUUUACGCAAUUACGUAAGAAGCCUGAAAAAAAAUUCAGGACUUUAACGGCAUUUGAACCCGUGAUCUCGCGAUACCGGUGCGACGCUCUAAUCAGCUAAGCUAUAAAGCCACUGAUGUCGUAGGUGGUCAAGCCAUUUUUGAGUGAAAACGCAUGUUUUUUCAACUUUUUUGCGAUUUUAAUCUGAUUUCUAAUUCUUUCUAAAAUCCACCCAAGACGGGCGGCCUAGAUGGCGUUCAUUGUUGGUGACGUCACAGGGCUCCAGCAGCGCCUCCACCUAUAAAUUAUACUUCAUCUUGAGAGAAGAUCAGAGGCUUUCCACUAAAGGCAAAAUCGUUUCGAAAUACUGCAACAUAUCAGAAACUCCGAGGAGGGAUUCCAUCAACCCCCUCCCCUUGUACCACGGUGGGGGUAUGAAUUUGCCUGUACGUCCGAUUGUUAAUAAAUCCGAAUCAGAAUUUCAUGGAUUUCCCGUAUUACCGUUCUAUUAGGAAAUGCGAAAAAAGAUUUGUAAAACUGUUCGCGUGCAAGACAACUGUUCUUGAGAACAGCUUUUCAAUAAAAGCAGAACUUAGCUGUGAAACUAAAACUUGCCGACUAGUAACAGCGGAGCUCAGACUAAACGUUAGCGUAAACGGAAAAGAGCCAAUACCGCUAUUAGCACGACAAAUUAGUGAAUUUACGCAACAAGACGGCAGAAAGAAGAGGACGGCAAAACGCUUGUAUGCGACAAUCGUGACAGGUCUAUUACUUACGUGUUUUUUGGUGAUCUUUACUUAAGUUAAUGUUUUCUGGUCUUUUGCAAAAAGACCCGUUUAAAGAAAGGGGAAGUUCGGCGGAAAAGUUAUUUGAACAAAAUUAUUUUCACGCUUGUUACACAAGGUAUGCCUUCUUCUUUCCUCUCCCGUACUGUUGCGUAAGCUCACUCUUAGUGAACUUAAUUUCGCAACUGGACGGGAGAGGAAAGAAGACGGCAAACAAGCGUGACAAUAAUUUUGUUUGAAACAACUUUUCGCCAAACUUCACUCUCCUUUAAACGGAAUUUUUUUGUAAAGACUAGUAAACGUUAAUGUUAGGUGAAUAUAUCACGACAAAACUAGCCUGUGAACAGGCUCUCUGUUUGGGGAAAAAAAUAGCAAGGAAAGGGAAGGGAAGGGGGGAGAGAGCCUGUAGACACACGUUUGAGGCCGCUAUUCCGCCCUCUUGUAAUUAUCUUGCCGAACAUCUGUCAGCAAGAUCGUUAUCUGUCAAUCAAUUUCGCGCGUGAGUAACUCCUGGGAAAAGGGAAAACAUCCGUGUUUUGCUUCGUCUCAAAACAAAGUGAAAUGGACCGCGAGCCUAAUUGUCGAUUUUGAAAAAAAUCGUUGAUCUCCGGUAAGAGAAUUAAUACGGUGCCGGUCGUUGGCGUUUCAAGAAAUAAGACCUUGCUGGUUGACAGUGGCCAAGACAGCGUUGUACUAGCGGAAGCGUUUGAUUGCUCAAGAUUUCCUCUUGUGCAAGGAGAAAGCUUUUCCGAUUUAAGCUGCUUAACUUGUGCUCAUCGCGCCGUUCGUCUUGCUAGUUCAGUUUCUAAUUCAACAAGCCCCUGCAAUGAGCGAACUUGGAAUGCGAAAGGUACGGAUACUAUCAUGACUUCUCCAGAACGUGAACCUCCAAAGACAAGUACAAAGAAAUCAACAGCGCUUCGAUCGCCGACAGGAAUUACACCUUUGGGUAUUUAUCCCGCAUUUAUAGCAAUAAAAGAGGGCGGUAGGCCUACACGGCGUUUACCUCACGCCAAAAUGCUGCCUGUUCCCAUAAGUUUUUUCCUCUGCUCGGUAGAUUAUGCUCUGGAAGGUUCUACAUUUUCACUGAGUAAAUAUGGUUUUAGCCGCUGGUUUCACACUGAGAGGUCAUGGCAUACAUAUCGAUUUACUGUGGUUUUUGUCUCUGGUCGGCAGGAUUUGCCCUCUCUGAUGCAAGAGCAUUUUCUUUGACCUCUUUUGAAGCGUAAACCUUUUUAUUGCGGCUGAAUAAGGGUCGUACUUUUCUCCAAAGUGCCCUCUGGAUCUGAAUAACUAAACGAUUUUCUUUAGUCCGUAAAUGUAAUGUUUUUCUGAAAUGUUGUAUCACGCUGGGUCCAGGUCGUUAGUUUCUUUGCAGAAUGUUUAAAAUGAUCACGGAGAGUAAUUUACAGAUCCAAAGUUAUAAGAUUCAAGUGCAGCUUAAACCGAAGCUACAUCAACUAUGGAGAAUUGCAUUUUGACUCGGUAAACUCCAGCCUAGUGUUUUUCUAUCCAUUAGAUAGUGUGAGUCUUUUGACCGAAGCGCGUAGUUCCUCCCUGGGUAAUAGCUUUUGAACAACAGUCUUUGGAGUGUUUUGUUAUUUCCAAACGCGUGUUACGUGCCGACCGAAAAGCCGAUGUCAAUCAGACCUUUCAACAGUCAGUGUUCUCGCCAAUAAGAACUUGCAUCAGGAUCUGAUGCACAGCGGGUGCCGUGGAACGGCGGUCCCAAAGGCUUGUCCACAGGCCUUUUCGCUUUUCCCUCUCCCUAAUUCCCUGCUCGACCAAAGGCCUGUUCACAGGCUACGACAAAACACGUACGUAAUAGUCCUGUCACUUUUGUCACGCACAAGCGUUUUGACGUCCUCUUCUUCUUGCCAUCCUGUUGCGUAAACUCACAAUUAUCCCGCGCUGACGUCAGUCCAAAAGCACUCAAGAUACUAAGACCAAAAGUUCAAUUUCACUUGCAUAGCAACCACGUAGCCUAGCAACACGAUACGACAAGGGGCCCUAAGGCACGUAACGUUUCUUGAUUGGAGUAUUCAGACCAACGUUUUCUCAGUAGGAUUCUUGUUGAAAGCACGUCAACAGAUAUAUAUAUUUUUCAUAGUUUAUAAUAAUUUGAACCAGGAGAUCAUGAUCUCAGUUGUUUGAGCUCAAACAUUGUUGCAAAUAUAAAUAAUCAAAACAACUGUUAAGCUAGCUUAAAGUGUGAAAACUAACUUUAUCGGUAAAGGAAGAAAGAAAUUCUUAUAAGUAAGUUCUACUUGUUGAUUUGUAGACGAGUGUGAAACAGGACUACAUAACUGCCACGAUGAUGCACACUGCACCAACACCAAGCGUUCCUUCACGUGUACUUGCAAACCAGGAUAUUCUGGGGAUGGUGUCAACUGUGCAGGUAACAAACCAGUCUACAUACACAGCGUGAACUUACAGUCUAAACUUUAGUUGUACGCCAUCGUAGCAGAAAUAAGAAAUAAGCCAAUAAGAAAGCUGCAAACUGGUUUCGUAUUUAUCUAAGUGACAUAUUGCUAUAAGUAGCAUGAAACAAAAUAAACAAAAUAAGUACUCCUUGCCACUGAAUUUGUUUUGGAAAAAUUAAUUCAAGCGUAGACCAUUUCAGGGUUACCGUUCGAAUGCAUUGCACUACUAUCUCUCAUUCGAUAGGAAUAAAAAUCGAACUUGGUCAGUCUGAUAAUUUACCCUUAUUUAUUUCCAGACGUUGACGAGUGUAAUACAAAAAAACACCAAUGUGAUGAAGCUAUUUCAGUGUGCGUUAACACUGAAGGAUCCUUCAAGUGUUACUGUCACAAAGGGUAUUUUAAAAGUGGACAACAUAAAUGUACAGGUAACAUCCACUUUAAGAUCUCUUAAUUGAAACAUUCAGAUGCUUCGUAGCCACGUCUUUUGUUUAUGUUAAGUUAGCGUCCUUACAAUUAUCUAUUUUAAGUUUUUUUGGCGUUUUAAGUUAAAACGGGUUUUCUUUGAGCGACGCACGCCAACUGGAAGUAAAUCCUUAUCCCUUUUAAUAUACAUAAAAACUACCAAAUCUGUAUUGCCUACCUCUUUUCAGUGUCUUAAUUAACUAUUAUAGUGGCGGUUUGCCCGAAAAAAAAGGGGAAACUACCUAACAAGAAUGAAAAUAGACAACAACUGGUUGACGUGAGUUGCCCAGGGUGCGUUGCCCAACGCCUUUGCUUAUAAACUCCCUAUAUCAUAAUUAGCCUGCUCCCACGCAGACGUUAUUAGGUGAGUCAUAUAUAUAGUUCCUCUCCACAAGAGGAAGGGAGGAAUGCGACUCUCCUAGAAAGGCCUGUGUGGGAGGCUAAUUUUUUAAAUUAAGUACCAGAUGUUACCUGGAACUAGCAAUGGCUCUAGCCUGCUUAGCAGGGGCUUGAACCUAAUCCAGAAAAUAGCUAGUAUGGGCGAAAGGAAGGUCGGAGCGCGCGAGGGAGACACGCAGGAAGGGAGGUAGCGCCUGCCUGAGAGGUCAAUGAAAAUCGUACCAAAAAAAAAAACAAAACAAAACAACACAAAACAACCUUUUUUGCAUUAUGAUUUCCUCUGAUUUCCUCUUUUGAAAGUCGUUUUCACCAAAGUCCAAUUAAUUUUAAGUCGCGUCAGUUUCCAACAACGUAAUUUCAUAAAGCGUUAAUUUCCUGUAAUAAGGCAGAUAACUGUUAUUAUGGUAGGCCAAAGUUACUUGCAAUAAAAGAAAAGAACACUAAAUCAGUUUUUUUUAUUCAGUGCCUGACUUUUGAAUUGCAGAUGAAAAUGAGUGUGAAACAGGAAAGCACAACUGUCAUGCAAACGCUAAUUGCAAAAACACUAAAGGAUCCUUUGAGUGCACCUGCAAGCCAGGGUAUUCUGGGAAUGGAGUUAACUGCACAGGUGAAAACAAUACCUCGGUCUUCUUUAUAAUGAAUCUUUUUCUAAUCAACUCCAUUUAUCUCGCAUUAGAGCCAAGUUCAGCCACAAUGUAGUAUGCAGCUUAGUUCUUAGAGCUGCAGUUUGUUCUUUU